AUGACUGCUAUGUCCUCUUCUUGUUCCUCUUUUCUCUGCGCUGACGUCUUUUUGCGUGCGUAUCCUCAAAUCCAAGCACUUGGUCACGUCAUCAGUCACCUCAAGGCUUUUCUGGACGUCUCCAAGGUUCUCUCUGUUGCCAUUGCAGCACAAAAUCAACCACUAACAUCACAGUCUCUAACACUGUUAGAACAUGCGGCAGUUCGUGAAAGGAUAAAGUCUGUCAUUGGUGGUCUGAAUUAA